GAGGACAACAUGGACAUGAACUCUUUUGGUAUAGGAGAAUGGUGGACCGAGCCUGAAAAUUUCAAUGCCCCAUUGGUCUUUUACCUGGAAGAGGAGCUGGAGCAGAUAAUAUUCGGGCAGGAGGACAGAUACCUCCGCUGCAUAGAGGAGCACAGCCAUACCCUUAUUCAGCUGCAGUCCUGGUUCACAGUCACAGGCCACACCCGAGUCACUGUGGUGGGUCCACCUAGGGCCAGGCGAUGGCUGAUGGGCAUGAUAUGUCUUUUGGAGCACAGGAGCUUUCACUAUCGAGCUCGAGGCUACCAGAUGCUGCAAAGUGUCCGGAGCCAGCCCCUAACCAACAAGGACUUGGCUGCCAAUCUCAGUGUGCAGCUUGACUCCUUGGUGGUGAAAGGGUAUCAGGAUGAAUGA